AUGUCCACUGCAGCUUUCUCAAACGAUUUUUCUCCCAUUACAAGUCUCAAUAAGACUGCGGUAGAAAGGAAGCGCGAAACUGGAGAAGAAAUCGUGCCUGAAAGCAAAGAACGGGAUGGGCAGCCCAAGGAUUUGCAACAAAGUAAAGUAGGACAGCAAGGCUCUAACAAUCGUCCAAACAAACCAAACGCCUACCCAGAAGCUGAAAUCAUGAACCAAUCAUUGAACGCGGAAAGAGUGUCCGAGACAACAGGCCCAACGGCAAACGUACAUCGGACGCAAGGGGCAACAGAUCGUGCGGAAGCGUUUUUCGCCUACCAACAAUCACCCCUUCGAGGCAUGAACUCUACAGCCCGACCCCAACCCAGGCCAUUUCCAAUGACAUUGCCUACUUCUAGUACUGCUCAAUACGAAACACACCAACGACAUGUCCCUAUCACCCGUGGAGUCGCGGCAUUCGUUCCUGGGUACUGGCUGGGGUCGACUUAUUUGCCUUUUGAUCGGUGUAGCCAAGCACCAGGAACUUCUGGGCCUCUUCCUUUUCCCACAGCCUCUACUUCAGCUUUUCAGUCUUAUGGACCUCUACAAGCACAUACAGUUGCACCUACGAAGCCGCCCCACGCAUCAGUCCCAAGUCCAAAUUGGCCCUACCCUUCUGGCCCAAUGGCAAUUUCGCUAUCUUCUGAUGCGGCACCAGUUCAAGCACCGACCAAACCUCUUGCAUCUGCUGCCAAGUCACCACAGCGGCCGGCACUCUCUGUAGAACAAUUUCGGGGUAUACAAUACAGUGCCAUACAAGUCUCUACAAAAACGGAAGCCUGUGAGUGGCUUGCUAAAUUCGAGCAAUUCGUCUUGUCUCGUGAGACCAAAGUGAAGAAAGGGACAGUUCGCAACUUAGGGCCAAUUCGUCACUGGUCGCGAACGCAACGAAAAAUCUACCUGCGUGACAGCCUGCAUCCAGGGCGAUACAAUUUAUUGGCAAAGUAUGGAGUUUUUGAUAUUGCAAAGCUCAGACCAUUCAAGGAAACUCAAACUCAAAGGACAAAGUGGAUGCACCAAUACGAAAAGCUGAAGAAGUUCCGUCUCGCCAAGGGUCAUUUCAAUGUGCCUUGGAAUGAGGACAAAACUCUCCUCCAAUGGAUCAAGAGUCAACGGGAAAGGUAUGUCGGGUGGAAAAAUGGCGUGUCCCAGAUGCCCGUAUAUCGAGUCCGGAAAUUGGAGGCGAUUGGAUUUGAGUGGAGAAGAAAGACCUAA